AUUUUCCUGUUUUCAGGUUAAAAAUAAUGCCAAACACUUGAAAGACAUUUACUCACUACUGAUUUAGGAAAUUGAACUGGAUCAAAUUUUUCAAAAGAAUUGCUAUAGGCUCAUAUCUCUUGAGCAUUGCAGUUGACAAUUCAACAAAAUUACACAGCAGCCAUUCAAAUGGAAUCUGGCCGCCCAAGAAAUAGCAAAAGGAGAGAUGACUUGAGGGGAAUAAAUGCAAAUAAUGAUCAGAGAGCUGUGAGCUAUGAGGAGGCUUUCAACAAAACUGGAUUUGGUUUAUGGCAGUACUUACUUCUGCUUCAAUGUGGUUGGGCUAAUGCAAGUGAUGCAAUGGAGAUCAUGUGUAUUUCAUUUAUUAUACCUUCAGUGAGGGACACAAUGAAGGUAUCACACAUGGAAUUAUCUGCAUUAACAUUUGUAUUAUUUUUUGGAAUGCUUGUUGGUGGAUAUAUUUGGGGAUCACUAGCCGAUACCUACGGUCGAAGACAAAUUGUCUAUAUAUCUCUUGCGGUCAAUGCAAUUUUUGGUGCACUGUCAUCUGUUGUCGAGACAUACUCUUUAUUAUUGUUUUUGAGAUUUAUUAGUGGAUUCGGGGCUGGUGGAUCAUUGCCUGCUGUAUUCACAUAUUUUAGUGAAUUUCAGCCUACAAAAUACAGAGGGGCUAUGAUCAGUGCACUUGCAACAUGUUGGAUGGCUGGGAAUAUAAUAAUAGCACUUCUUGCAUGGGCGGUUCUUCCAGAAUCUGAGGUUCUAAAGUCAAUUUCACCUCACGGGCAACAGUGGAGGCUAUUUGCAAUUUUAUGUGCAAUUCCUAGUCUUAUAUCUGCAGUCCUUUUCUUUUUUAUGCCUGAAAGCCCCAAAUAUCUUCAUGUGAAUAAUAAACUUAAUGAAUCAUUAUUGGUUUUGAAAAAAAUGUAUAAAUGGAACCAUCUUAAAAACAAUCCAUACUCAUUUCAAAUACAUAAACUCCUACCAAUUGGUUCGGAAGAGUCAGAUCCUUUGUUUGAAGAAGAUGUAAUUUAUUCACAAGAAAAUGGAGAUAAUGAAUCUGCUAAUUUAUUAGAGUCAUCGAACAGUUAUUCAUAUAGGUCACCAACAGCAUUUCCAAAUCGGUCUCAAAGUGGAAACAUUUUCACACGAUUUAAGGAAAAAUUUAUUUUCCACUUAAAAAUGUUUCAUAGUCAAUUUGUUGCAAUAUAUGCACAAAGUCGUAGAGUAAACUCGAUUGCUCUAACUGCCACCUAUAUACUAUGUGCAUUUGGGGGAUAUGGAAUGGCUAUGUGGACUGUUGUUCUGAUGGAAAAAACUGAAAAACUUGGAGGUUCCCCGUGCCGUGGCUACAGUAGCAAUGGCACUGAUAUAUUGUUGCGUGACACAAUAUCAGAUAAUUCUGCUGAUGCUUAUAUAGAUGUUUUAAUAGGUGCAUGUGCCCAGUUACCUGGAAAUCUCUUAACUAUUUUUUUAAUGGACAGAUUAGGAGCUAGAAUUAUUCUUAUUUUUGUUUUGUUUCUCUCUGCUUUAAGCGUAUUAUGUUUUUGGUUGGUGAAUGUAAAAGCUCAAGUGGUAGCGAUGAAUGCAAUAUACAGUGGUAUUCAAGUUGGAGCCUGGAAUGCUCUUGAUGUCAUAACUGUGGAAAUGUACCCAACAUCGAUUAGAUCAGCAGCUACUGGUAACAUGAAUGGUAUUAGCAGACUGGGGUCCAUACUUGGUACAACUAUAUUUGGUUUAUUCAUGGAUUUGAAUUGCAGUGUUCCAAUUUUAACUGUGUUUUCUGUUUAUAUUCUUUGUAGUUUAAUUUCUAUAAAACUACCCAAUACUAGAAACAUCACAUUGGACUAACAUGUAUAUGAACAAAUAUUAUAUGUCACAGAAACAGUCUUGUAUCAUUUGAAUGAUCUGCUGCUUAUUGAUUGUACUUCCUGCUCUAUAGGUUAUUCGCAUUCACAGCGGAAUGUUUCAGUGGCCAGGCCACACAUAAAUAAAACAAUGUUUUUGAUGAGGUUGCACUCCUAAAAAGUAAAGACUCCUGUCUAUAUCAGCCAACAUAAUCACUGUCACAUGAUUUACAAUCGGUUAUUGUGCCAUAAUUGGAUUAUUUCCAAAUUAUGCUGAGGUGAAGUAAAAAGAUAUAUAGUGAAUGAUUGAGCAGGUCACAUUUAUAUUAGGGUAAAUUUUUAAUAAACUGAAAAGUCUGUGAAUAUGGGAGUAAAUUUUUGAUGGCCAUCCCACACGUAUGUUACAGAAGUCCCAACAUUAGCGGUGAGAUCAUCGUUGUCGAUUUUUACCCCUUUGGUUAUGAAAUAAUAAUUGCAAAAGUUGCUUGAAAUAUUUUUUUCACUGUGAUUAUUAUUUAUUUUCAAUCUCUGAAAAAAGUACGUUUUGUAGUUCAUUUUUAGUACAUAUAUAUAUAUUAUUUGGGUUAUUGUCUCAUUGUGCCAUCGUUUAACAGUCCUUUUUAUGUAAUUUGGUGUUGAAACUUUUUAUAGCACUUUUAUGAUAACCUAUGUGUCUUAGCAAUUGAAUCCCUGAUGCAGUAGUUUUAUUUCUUCAGAAACUUGUAUGAUGCACAUCAAUAUAUAUAAUCAGAAUCAUGUGUA